AUGUCGCUGGUUGACAGUGAGGCUUCAUUUCGGCAGCGAUGUCAAGACGUCGGCGGGGGUGCGAUUCACACCGCACUGUCUGACCAAGGGAUCACUUCCUUUGCCUCGCUUGCAUAUUCAUGUGGCACGCCUCAGGAUCGACCCACACAGGCGGAAAUGGACGCAUUUGCGGUAAAGAUCUUGGGGGCUGCUCCCCGUUUGGGGGAUGUGUCUAUCUUGAAGCGAUUGAUGUUUGAGUCCUCCACAUAUGUCAUAGCUCAGUUGCGUCAAGCUGUGCAAGGGGACUCUGCCGAACAGCCUCGAAAGCUUCCACUUGCUGAGAAACAGGCCAGGGCCGAAGAUCAGCGCCGUCGGCUUAGUGGAGUGCAUAUAGAGCGUGAUUUGGUCCCUUCCCAUGCUCUGGUGGACCUCUGUUGUCACAUGCAUGAUGUGGGCAUCACUUGGAUAUCGCCAGGCAAAUGCACUAGCCGCGAAUCAGAAAUUCAGCUUUCAACGAAGGACCAAAGCAAAAUCUUUCGACUUGAGGACAACUCCUUGAAGGUCGGAAGUGAACAGCCCAAGGACAUUGCUUCUUAUGAUUCGCCGAUCAAGUUGCAGUGGUGCCUUCAGCGCCGCGGUCUGGCCUUGGACCAGGCUAAGGUACUGACGUGGGCCCAGCAUGAGCGUUGGGUUCACUGCUUGCUUCACGCACUGACUAAGGAGUGCCCUCCAGGGUUCCACAAGCCUGAUAUGAACCGCAUUGUGCAGGCCGAUCGUGAAGCCUGGUUGAUCAUGGCGUCCGAAGUGCCAUCGCUUAAGCCCAGUACCGCUGGCGAGUACCCUCUGGGUAAGGCUUUGGAUGCUUUGCGGACAGACCCUCGGAUCACCAUGUACUUGAUGGCUACCUGGGGCCGUGCGCCGGAUGUUAAGGUUCAGGACCCUGAUCAAGGCCCCCCUGCCAAACCAGGUGAAGGACUGUCCCGAGCCGCCAAGCGCCGUCGCCGUGCAAAAGAGGCGGCUACCGCUGCCAAGCAUACGACACCAGGACGGAGUACAGGUGCCCAGGCUACUGCUGCACAGGCUACAAAGGCACGCACCAUGCCGGCUGAACUUAAGAAUGCUCACCAGAAGACCGAGGACGGCAAGCCCAUCUGCUGGGACCAUAACUGUGCCGGCUGCAAGGCCAAGACUGAGGGAGACCCACCGCGCUGCCCUCGGGGUGUCCAUGUUUGUGCUUACUGUCGCCGUGUGGGCCACUCCUUCCGUAAUUGCCGAGCUCGCACUUGGAAGGGAUCCGGCAAGGCUCUCGACACCUCAGCUCCGCCUGUUGAGGCGGCUGCCAUUUCUGGCUAUGGCCCACACUCAGUGGGCUUUCAUUUUCCACCUGCUGCCACUUCUGAGGUUGCCGACGUGUUGGCACCCGCGGAGGCGAUAGCAUUGCAAUGCCUACAGGCCGGUUUUGCUAGUCACGACGAUUUUCGGAGCUUGAUCGCUUUGCUCCCUGCAGACACUGCCGGUGCCCCGUCAGAAGAAUCUGUGGACCCGACAGCUCCCAAAUCUUUCACAUCCGGUGCAUAUGUCCAUCAAGCCAAAGCCGGACUGCGCUCUAAUUUUCACGCCUUUCCUUUCAGUACCAUGCUUUUGGCCGCCGUCUUGUCGGCGUCUUUUGGCUCUCGCUGCUUCUCGUCUGUUGGACUUUUCUUGAAUUUAAAGGCGCCUCUGCACAACGACGCCAACAACGAUCAUGCCCAUCCCAACCUGAUCUUGCCUGCCUCUGUUUUCCACAAAGGCCAGAUUUGGGUUGAGGGUAAAGGCGAGUGUCCGUGCCCCGACCCCGACGUGCCGCGUCUGGGCUACUUGCUGCCUGUUGCUGACGGCCCACAGUUGCUUCCUUCAGAGAGGCUGCACGCAACUUGUGAUUGGGACGGUACUCGCUUGUUGAUUGUUGGAUUCUGCAUUCGUGACACUGGCCUCCUGUCCGAGGCACAUCGUGUUCGACUUCUUGAUGCUCGUUUCCUCCUGCCUCAAGUUGAUUCCGGAUCGGCUUCAGACGCUGUGCUCCCCGUGCCACCGCACAAGCGGCCCAAGGUUGCCUACCGACCCCUAGUUGGCCCUAAACCCGCCGCCUGCCCCUCCCUAAAACCUCUAGGUUCGCCUGACGCCGGACCAUCCACCAGUGCAUCUGCUUCCACGCAUACUGGCUUGCAGGAGGCCUUUCCGCAACGGGCCACACCGCUAGUUAUCGAGGUCUUUGCCGGCACGGCUCGGCUCAGCACUGCCUGUCAGAAGCUGGGUUUCAGAACGCUUGCAAUCGAUAAAUCCACAGCACGUGGACGCUUCCCCAUACAACGUCUUGACCUCACCGAUGCUGACGACCUUUGCAUUCUUCUGGAUAUCAUCCGUCUUGAGGCGGCCAAUAUUGUCUGGAUCCAUUGUGCGCCGCCAUGUGGCAACGCGUCUGCGGCGCGCUCAAGACCCAUUCCAGAAUUGACUGCUGCUGGUGUUCGGGUGCCGCAACCUUUGCGCAGCACUUCCGAACCACAAGGACUCUCCACUUUGACUGGCGCAGAUCUUGAACGGGUCAAGAAGGCCAAUAUGCUCUACCGUGCCGUCGGGCAAAUUGCUGACCUGGCUCGACAAUUGAACAUCUUCGUCACCGUGGAAAACCCACGCAACUCUUUGGCUUGGUUGUGCGAUGGCCUGGACGAGCUGUUCCGCUCACCACAUCACACCGUGGUCUACGAUGCCUGCAUGCAUGGUGGCACACGUGACAAAACCACCCUGUUGUGGUGCUCUGCCGAUUGGUUUCAGCCUCUCGCUCUCCGAUGUUCACGUGACCACCAGCACGCUUCUUGGAAACCUCGUUUGCAGCCACAUGCUACCUCUUUCCCGACUGCCGAUGAGGCUGCAUAUCCAGUGCUGCUUUGUGAACGAAUGGCCCACAUCAUUGCCGCACGUGCUGGGGGACUGGCGCUUGCUGCGCCCGACCCGCGCCCUUUUUCCCAGGUAUACUUGCAGCGACAGCCUCGCUUUGCACGACCAUUGGUUGCCUGCUAUUCUGGACGUGAUGACUGGGCCAUCCCUGUUCGAUCCGAUGAUCUCACCUCCACGCUGCUGGCUUGCUACCCAAAGGGAGCGCGCAUUAUUCAACGCAAACUGGUAUCCUUGGGUAUGGUGCGGGUUUGCGUGCCUUCCAAAUGCACAGGCAUCGACCUGUCGUCGUUGCAUUCCAAAUACCCCCAACGGGAGGACCACCUCAAGCAUGACGAGACAGUUGCGAUAACAGGUUUCGUUGCUGCAGACGAUCCGUGCUCCGAGCAUGCGGAGAUUGUUUCUGUUGGAAUACCCAAAGAACCUUGCGACUUUGUGGCGGAUGCCGUGAAGGCUGGACAUCCUAGGAAUGCUUUGAACGCGAGCCGGGAAGGACCUUCCUCCAAAGUUGCAGAUGCCAUCCUAAUGGAUUUCGAACGGAGGGAGCGGCUUGCCUCAAAAACCAAGGAUCGUUGGAGUCAGAUUGCGGCUACGACUAAGCCCUUGAAUCACAACAUGUUGAAGCACAAGCCGGACUACAUUGUGACCGCGUUAGGGGAUAAGAACCUUUUGGCCUGGAAAAGUAUUCUUGGUGACAAUGGCUUCCCGGACCAACAACUCUGGUCCGACCUGCGCGAUGGACUUAGGCUGACUGGCUGGAUGCGGGACACUGGAAUCUCCGACAAGAAAGUCCGUCCCCCGCAAACAUCGCUGGAGCACCUGCUAAGUCAAUCCCAGUACCAAACACCGUUGACCUUGAAAAGGCUACAGAAGACUGUUGUUGACAUCACGGCACGCAAGGCGUGGGCUGAAACGGUGGAGGAAGAGAAGAAGGGAUGGAUCUUUCGGGAUGAAAGUGCAAAUCUUGAUGACAUAGUCUUGGCCCAUCGUUUCGGCUUGCAACAGAAGGACAAAGUUCGCGUGAUCGACAACGGCAAGGAGUGUGGCCUCAACUUGGCGUGUGGGCUACCAGAGAAGUUCACCUUGCAUGGAGUGGACGUGCUUGCUGGAGUUUUCAUUGAGUUGCUCAACCGCCCUGAAGCUGCCGGCAAAAGGAUCAAAGGGAAAACCAUUGAUCUUGAUUUUGGAACCAACGUUCUUCCUUUCGGUGCCACCGGAAGUGUGGCGGGUUUCCUGCGAGUUUCGGCGGCGAUUUGGCAUACGGGCAUCCAGGACCUUGGCCUGGGAUGGUGCGCCUACUUUGACGAUUUUCCUUUGAUGGCCCUUGAAGGUCAUGAAGACCAGGUUGGAGGAUUGGCUGGAGAAGUGUUCGACGCACUGGGGAUCCAAUACGCAAAGGAGGGUAAGAAGGCCACUGACUUCGAUUACACCUUUGCCGCCCUGGGAUUGCAGUAUGACUUGACGAGAUUCAAUGAGGGGGUGGUCAUCAUUCGGCAUACGGAAGCACGUACUGCUGAGCUGGUGGAGACUCUCGAGGGAAUCUUACGUGAUGCUGUACUCCGACCUAAGGAUGCGGAAGUUUUGAGGGGAAGGAUGCACUGGUUUACUUCGUAUCUUUUCGGUCGUGCGCCGUGUGAGGCGAUGAGACAGAUAUCCUUGAGGGCACAAUGUAUGGACUCGUGCACAAGGCUCACUGACGACUUGACUGAAGCGAUUCAAACUUUGCUCCGCUACGUGGUGGAUUCCAGGCCAUUGGAGCUGAGGCAAACGACGGGGCGUGAGCUGUAUGUUUUUACAGAUGGCUCGUAUGAGCCCACGGCUGAGAAGCGAGCCGGCAUCGGUGGCGUCCUCUAUGACAGCGCUGGCACGCCGUUGUCGUUCUUCUCUGCACAGGUGAACGAGGACGAUCUGCGGGCUCUUGAGGAAACUUCUGAUCAUCCGAUAUAUGAGGUUGAGCUGUAUGCCGCAUUGGUUGCAGUUGAGCUUUGGGGACCCUUAUUAGAGGAUUCCUUUUCCGUUUUUUACCUUGAUAAUGAAGCCGCUCAGUCAGCACUCAUCGCGGGCCGUUCGGGCACGGAUCAUGGAAGGAAGCUGGUCCAACGUUUCCUGGAUGCUGAACACAGGUGGCGGGCGAGGCCAUGGUUCGGGCGAGUCCCGACCCACUCGAAUCCAGCGGACGAGCCAAGCCGCGACUGCUGCAAAAGGCUCUUGAAUCAAGGCGCUCAGCAGAUGCAGACUAGUGGUGAGAGGCUGCUUGUUUGA